CCCCUCCUCUCUCCAUUCCCACCCUCUUCUCGUCUCCCCCCAUCAAGGUAAGCUCCCACGCAUAGCCGCCGUCGCCACAGACAGAGCGAGCGCGAGAUCUGCUCCGGCGUGAUCCCCGCCGUCUCCAGCCUUCCGAAGCCGCGAGAAGCAGCCCCUCGUCCGCCGCCGUCGACCCCCGCAAGCUGCAAGACCGGAGGAGCCGGGAACGACUACGUCCGCGUCCUCUUCUACUUCCCGGACGUCGCCGGCUUCUUCCUCUCUCUCGACUCCGCUCCGGCCAGCCUACGUCCUCUUCAACCUCGUGCGCGAGCCAUGAGUUUCGAAGACGCGGUCUGCAAGCUCGCUGCCGACAUAGCGGCCGCCUCGCCGGCGCUGGUGAAGAAGGCCGUGGACGCACUGGCGCGCAGCAGCCGUGCCUGCGCCGCUGCUGAUGCCUUUAUCCACCUGUUCCUGGGCACGUUCUAUGUGAUCGUCGCGCUAAUUUUCUUCGACACGGUCGCGGUCCGAGUCUGCGGCGGCGACUACGCGGUGAGAUCCGUCCUGUCCGAGAUCGCGGGAUGCAUCUUUAUAGCCUCCCUGUUUCUUUCAGCGCCAGCAUUCCUGCUCUUCUUCCUGCGCGCAGCAGGCAGCAGCAGCGAGCUGGCGGAGGGCCUCCUCAUGAAGAAUUUCGAUGAGCGGUUUUCUAGUGCCUCUGAAAGCCCUACGUCGCGGCUAGGCAGGGCAGCUGCACGGCUUUUUGCUUGGUCAUUUUGGUUGGGAUUCAUCUCGUGGAGUCUUCAGCUGUGUGGACUAUUUCCAGAGAUUUCUGACCUUCUUGACGACGCGUCUAAUCUGGGCAUCUGGUCAUGUUUCGCUCUCAUCUAUUUGCGUGCUGGAAUAGCGCUGCGGAGGAUGAAUCCCAGGCCCAGUGACAUCAUCGUGGCAGAGGCAGAUCACGCGGCUUCACCUACUCAGGAUUUCGAGCUGGCUGCAGCAACAAGGUGAUGGAGAUCAGCGCCAGUGCAGGGAGUGCUUCUGCUUCGUAGCCAUCGCGGAUGCUGCUGUGGACAAAGAGAUGGGCAUGUCGUGUGCUGUGCAGCAGUAAUCUAUCUGGUAGAAGUAGUAUAACUUAGUAAGCUUGUUUCCAUGCCAUGCUAGGUCAGAGCUUAAGCAGUCAGUAUGGUACGUACUACGUAGUUUGGUUACUCUGACUGAACCGGGCCUAUCCAACAAGGUUAUUUACCUUUGCACAGCCUAAGAACUGUCAGUGAUUAAGCUUUUUUCAAUGCAUGUAAUGAAGUGACUUAGUACGCUGCGAUGAACGCCUUCCUUCCAUUCUAUGUAAUCAUAGCUUUUUAUA